GCCCCCGGGGCCGUGCCCGGCGGUCCCGCCGCGCGCGGCCCCAUCCGCGGGAAACGGGCGGGGCGCUUAUAUAAGCGUGUGCGUAGGGAGCGCCUGCUGGGCUCGCGGAGUGCCGGAGGUCCCUUCCCACCCUGACGAUUCUGUGACGCGGGCCGAGGGCUCGUUGCUGCCCGGUGGCGUCGGGAUGUGUCGGUCAAAAGGCACCCCCGGGCAAGAGAAAGCGGCUCGGCCGUGCGGCGCUGCCGCACCCAAACAGGCUUUCAAGCAGCAGAACGAGUUAAAAUGGUCUCUCUUAGAGCACCGUUAGUAAAGUCAUUACUAAAUGGUGAAUUUCUCACGCCUGUUAAUUACAGAGCUCUAACCACCGUCUGUGCGCUGCCAACACAGCGGGUUUCCCGGGACCUGCUCCUUGGUUACGCCGCGCACGGCCAACAGCCGACGGAGGCAUCGCACUGACAGGACUCAGUACAACCCUUUGGAGCCUUAACAGGGCAGCUCUAGAUGCAGAUCUGAAAAUAAACCUCCACCUGUGGAUUGCAGCUCAAAUCUACAGCUUCACGGACAAGUGCAUAGCAACAGCAGAAGUGGUUUCAUUAGAAAGGUCUCAAGUAAAAGGCAGAGGACCCAAAUCAGCAGUACAGUCCUUUCUUAACUUUGAGAAUUCCAGACAGUUCUUUAAGAACUGUCAUUUUUAUUUCUCCUAAAAUAUUUUUUUCUGCUAAGAUACACAGAAAGUAAAAGUCAACAAGAAGAGACACAUGCUUUUCGUGCUUUUCUUUCCUCACUUUGAAUGACCUAAUAAACACAGUAAUAGAAUCACAGAAUCAUUUAGAUUGGAAAAGACCUCCGAGGCCAACUUUUAACUGACCACCACCAUCUCAGCUAGGUCAUGGCACUGAGGGCCAUGUCCAGUUGUUUCUUGAACACCUCCAGGGAUGUGUUCAUCACCUCCCUGGGCAGCUCAUUCCAAUGUUCAAUAACCCUGUCAGUGAAAAAAUGCCUCCUGAUGUCCAACCUGAACCUCCCCUUGUGCAGCUUGAGGCUCUGUCCUCUCGUCCUGUCACAGCUUGCCUGGCAGACGAGGCCCCAUCUGUCAUUGACAGUCAAGGUAUGCCAAGGCCCCACUCCCCACAAGGCUGCCACACUGAAGAUAGCCCUGAAUAAAGUCCAGCAUCAACCAGUCUGCCUUCUUGGGAAUCCUGAGUGCCGGCCAAGCCUGCUUCGGCAAGCGGCGGAGGCACGGCCGGUUGGGCAGCGGCCGAGCCCGGGCCGGGUCCCGCUGCGGGACGGCCACGUCCUCCUGCCCCGCGGCUCAGCCCGCGCCCCUCCCCUGCCGGCAUUGGUACGUGCCAGCGCUCCCCGCGCGGCGGCGGUGGUGCGGCCCGGCGGCGGCGGCGAGGCCGAACUGAUUUCCACGAUGCUGAGAGGAGUUGCUCACGGUGCAAAAGACACAUUCACUCUUCUGUUGACAAGACCGCAGAGCUGUAAUCCAGGACUGAAGUUUUCAUCAGUAUGGCCUGAUGUAGCAAACAGAAGCUUCCUAAUACAUUCCAGUUACACAACUGAUACCAAGUCAAGAGAGGAAAAUAAAAAAACCCUUGAGAAUCUCUACAGUUUGUCAGUUGACAUCACAAAGAUACGCAGACUGAAGGAAUGGGUCCUUCUCCAGGAUGUGGCCUAUGUUAAAGAAAUUGCUGGUAUCUUACAGGAAAUGGGAGCAGAUGAGACCACUGUAGCCAACAUUAUAGAACGCUGCCCCGAGGCAAUUCUCCACACCCCAGCAGAGAUAAACUCUCAAAGAGCUUUGUGGCAAUUAGUAUGCCAGAAUGAAAAACAGCUGGUUAAAUUAAUAGAGCAAUUUCCAGAGUCUUUUUUUACUACUGAGUAUCAGCAGAACCAGAAGGCAAACAUACUGUUUUUUCAAGAGCUAGGACUUAAGAAUAAUAUAAUCACCAGGUUCUUGACAAGUGCACCCAAUAUUUUCUAUAACCCUGUUGAGAAGAACAAAAACGUGAUAGAGACAUUACAAAGAAAUUAUUUAAAUUUAGGGGGUUCUGAAGCAAAUAUGAAGAUCUGGAUACUAAAGUUAUUGAGCCAAAAUCCAUUUAUUUUAUUAAAUACUUCCACUGCAAUCCAGGAGAACUUGGAAUUUCUCCAAAAGAAUGAUUUCACUGACCAGGAAGUCCUACAGCUGCUGUCCAAACUUAAAGGCUUCAUUUUUCAACUUAAUUCUACCACUAUGCAGAAGAGUAUGCUUUUCUCCAAAAACAUCUUCAAGUGCAGUGAUCAAGAACUAAAACAACUAGUGCUGAAAUGCCCAGCCCUUCUCUACUAUUCUGUUCCAGUUUUGGAAGAAAGACUUGAAGGACUACUGAAGGAAGGAAUUUCUAUAGCACAGAUAAGAGAGACACCAGUGGUGCUGGAGUUGACAACACAAAUCGUUCAGUAUCGAAUUAAAAAGCUCUCUGCAUUAGGAUAUGAUAUAAAGGGUGGAAAUUUAGAAAGCUUGAAUGGUACUAAAAAAGACUUUGAAGUCACUUAUGGUAAGAUACAAUCAAAGAAGGAGAGACCAAUUUUUAAUCCUGUUGCUCCUCUACACAUUGAAGAUUAAUUUGACCGCUGUACUUCAAGUUAUGCAAAGGCAAAUUAAAAGGGAAGUUGAUUCUUUAAGAAGAGAUGGAACAAAAGCAAACUUAAUCAAGACUGUAGUCUUACACUGUACUUUGUUCAGGAGAGGGUCUUGGGCACAACUUCAUUAUACAAUUGUAGUAUUUUAAUACUUUAAAAUGUCAUAGAAGUUACAGUUAUGAUAAAGGUUGCCUUUUCCUAAGAGUACCUCAGAUGUGACAUUUUCUUACCUGACAGGGCAUUAACUGCCUUAGAUUUUCAGCUCUGUCACUGCACAGUCCCGCCUGUAGUAAUGAUUAGUACAAUUUUUAUCUGAGGAAGACAAAAGGAGGAUUAUUUUUCCAGCAGUGUUCAUCAGUUGGCUGAUUCACUGUCUUCAGGACAUGCUCUUAGAGUUCUUUUCCUUAUUGCUCAAGUAGCUCUAGCUUCUGGAUCCUGACCUGCAACAGACUUGAUUUCUUGGACAGCAAAGCCCUGUCCUGAGAACAGGGGCUGGACAUAAUAUUUUUUUAUUCACUGCUACAGUGAGACCCUAGUAUCUCUGUGUACAAACCAUAAUGCAAAGAAACUACAGGAUGAUAACCUUUAUAUUUCUGAGACUUCAAAAUUUACUUAUUUUUUUCAAAUGGUUUGGGAGAGGAAGAAAUACAUUUAUUGCUGUUGUAUAGUUCUUAAUUUCUUCUAGCAAGGUUUGGGGACAAGAAAGAUUAGGGAGAGAUUCAAGUUUCAAAUUAUGGUAGGAGAAAAGAGAAAGUCAUGCUUUUCUAUUAGAUGUAACAAAACUCUAGUCUGUAAACCACUGCUGAUUAAACAUGACUACCAGAUUUGCAAACAGCUGCAACAGUUUCUAAAUAUA